AUGCCCUUGUCCUUGAUCCAACCAUGCUCCUCAAGGACUUUCCUGAUGUUGUUUGUGUCAAAACUCCUCCUGUGGGAAAUGGUGGACUCUGCUCCCAUGAAUGUCAGUGAGGCUGCCCUCAGUGAUGACACCCUCAGGAUCCUGUUUGAUAAUGCCACAGUACUUUCUAACAACCUCUCUGAUGCUGCCUUAGACCUGCGUUCGAAAUUGUUCACCAACAGUUUCUCUUCUGCUCUGUUCAUGAGAAUUAGAAAAAAUUUGUCCAAGAAUGAAAAGAUCAUGGCCACCUUUUCCAACAACUGCCACACUGCUCCCAUCAGUGUUCCAGAAACAAGAGAGGAAGUCAUAAAGACCUCGUUUGAAGACUUUUUGAAAAUAAUACUCAACACACUGCUUGCCUGGAAAGACCCUCUGAAACACCUGGUAACAGAACUCAGUGCUAUGCCAAAAGUCCCUGAUGCUAUCCUAUCCACGGCCAAAGCCACUGAGGCCCUAAACAAAAACCUUCUUGAGCACAUCAUGAUGAUCAUAUCCAAGGUUAAUCCUGCAAUUGAAGAAAAUGGAGACUACCCGGUUUGGUCAGCUCUGGACUCCUUGCGGUCAGAUAAUGAGGAAACUCGAUUUUAUGCUCUUUAUACAUUCUCCUACUGCCUGAAUAUGGACCUACAAAUACUUAACUUUCAUGUCAACCUCCUGAGAUGUCUGCUUGUUCAUAGUAACCUCUGCUACAACUCAGAAUCUUGA